AUGCGCUACUCGGGCAUCGGCACGGCAGUCUCCAGCUCCGCCAUACAGCGCCAGGCAUCGCAGAGCGCUGCGCCCGACAGGAGAACCUACACUUCCGCCGCCAGCCGGGUCGGCCCUCCCUCUGCGAGCCUAGGCAACAGCCUCGGCCUGUCCAACACCGCAUCCGGCAGCGGCUCGGCAUCCAAGCGCACCGUGUCCGCAGCGGGCAUCUCGGACGACCUCGUCCAAAAUGGCUCAGCCACAAAGCGGCCCGCCACUCGCCGACUCUCUGCAGACGGAACAUCGCCCUUGCUCCUCCAGGCCGACCUCCAUCCCGCCCUCACACCACGCCCCGAAUCGCCUUCGUACGAGCUCUCCAUCCUCCGCGCAAACUACGACCAGCAGCUGCUCUCCGAGGAGCGCAAGUACAAGAAGCUCGAAGAGGACUACGAGGCAAAGUGCCGCGAGCUGGACCGCUACAACAACCAGCGCGUCGAGCUGCUCGCCGAGUGGGACCGCGUGCAAGAGACGCAAAAGGAAAAGGAGCACGAGUGGAACGCUGCCCGCAGGACGCUAGAGGAGGAGCUCAUCAAGCUCCGCUCGCAAAACGCCGAGCUCCGCAGCGAGGCCGACGAGUCGCGUGCCAACGGGUCCGGCGUCGAGCUCGAGCUGCGCACCAAGAACACCGCCCUCGAAUCGCAGCUCGGACACGUCCGUGCAGAGGCGGAAGCGGCCAAGGCGGAUGCGGCGCGCUGGAAGGACGAGUUUGGAGCAGCGCGCGCAGAGGUCGAGGACCUCGAGAACGCCGUCGAGGACGAGAAGCGGCUCCGGAUCGAGGAGCGCGAGUCGGCCCGUCUCGGAGGCGAGGAGGGCAAGAAGAUCUCCGAGGAGCUCAGCCGACAGACGACCUACGUGAGGAAGCUCGAGGCCGAGAACGCCCAUUUGAUCGCCGAGAACGGCAGGUUGCAGCACCACGCCAGCAACGUCGAGCUGCUCAAGGAGGAAAAGCGGUCGCUCGAGACCAAGGUGCGCGUGCUCGACGAGUUGCGCGCCAGGCUGGCCGAUGCCGAGUCGACCAUCCAGGAUCUCGAACGCGAUCGCCAAGAGUGGCAGGACAUCCUCCAGCAUGGCCUCAACGGGGGCGAAGGCGAGGCGGCGAUGUCCUCUUCGACAGCCGAUCUGGAUGCGCCGUUGCCCAGGGUCGAGGUGCCGGCGUCGUUUGACCGCGACACCCUGCCCAAGUACCUGUCGUCGCUGCGCGGCUCGCUUGGGGGGCUAGAGGCACGCAUCGCCAGCCUCACUGCCGCGCUCGACAAGCUGCGCACCCGCAACUCGCAGCUCGAAGAAGAGGCCAACGACGCCGACGCCAAGCAGCGCAAGGUCGAGAGCGAGUUUGCUGCGCUGCGGACGUCCGUCGCCCGCGCCGAGCGCACCGAGGCGCGGCUGCAGGACGAAAUCAGCCGGCUCAAGGCGAUGCUCGAGACGUACGAGACCGAGGAGCGCAACCACGCCGCGUCGUACGACGCCGCCAACGCCCAGAGGAUCAAGGUGCUCGAGGGCGAGGCGGAGCAGCUCAAAGGCGAGAACCGCAGCCUGGCUGAAGACCUCGAGGCGGUGCGACGCGAGAUCCUCACCUUGACGCAGACCAAGCAGGACGCUCAGGCCGAGGGCAACGACAUCGACGCGCUCCGGUCCUCGCUGGGCUCGAUGACGGACAAGAUCCAGAGCCUGGAGCGGCAGCUGGCGGCGUCGCAGGCGGCGUUUGCGCAGCUGGAGAACGAGGCGCAGGAGCUGGUCGCCGAGAACGAGAAGCUCUACCUGCGCGUCGGGCGGGGCGAGUUUGACCAGACGCGCGAAAAGUGCCUGGUGCUCAUCGACAACCCGGUCAGCCGGGACCUGGACUUGCGCAAGAGCACGCUCGACAGCCUCAAGCGCGAGAACGAGGGGUUGCUCAAGCGCAUCGAGGAGAUCAGCGCCGCCCUCGCCGCGUCCGGUGGCGGCGGCGGUGGAGGUGCUGGUGGCUCGUCGGCGGCGGGCGACGCAGAUGGCGCGCUUGUGCCCAAGGAGGUGGUCGACAAUCUUAAGCUCGACAUUGCCGGGCUGCAGGAGAGCAUCAAGGCCAAGGAUAAGGCCAUGCUGCGGCUCAAGCAGGUCUUUUCGGCCAAGGCCAACGAGUUUCGGGAAGCGAUCCAGUCGCUGUUCGGGUAUAAGGUCAAGUUUCUGGAAAACGGCAAGGUGAAGCUGACGUCUACGUUUUCGCGGUCAUCGUCGCGGGGCACGUCGCUCGUCUUCAAGAGCGACGAGGGCAACGUGGGCGAGAUGAAGCUCCAGGGCGAGGCGGUCGAGGUGCACGGCCUCGCCAACCUCGAGAGCCUGCGCGAGUACUGGCUCAGCGGCGUGCGCCAGAGCGUACCCUGCUUCCUCGCCGCGCUCAACCUAGAGCUGUACGAGAGCUGCACCAUGGCCAUUCGGCGGGCCCGGCAGGAUAUGGACGAGGAUUGA